CUGAGCUGACUGACGGACUGGCUGAUAGUUGUGACCAUAUCUUUCUACAUGGAUUCAUUAUCUAAUGUUAUACCAACCAUGUGGCUGCUAGGCGGUGGUGCGGCUAGGCCGGUGCCACAGCGCACGGUCCGCGGGCCAGCUAUCCUGUCCACUCCUGAUGGAGCUGUGCCUCCGGUGCAAGUCAUCACACACAACUUCGGUACUACGCCCAGGAAGCGAGGACUUGCGGAAUGGGUGUGGACGCUGACUGGUCAGAACCGACAUAAUCGUGAGAAGGUGGACCCUGGUGGCGAGCUGCAAAUCAUGCUGCCUGCGCAACCUGAUAAGGCUGCGUCUGGGGAGGUCUGUCUUCUGGCUGAAAGUCCCUUCAGGAUCCUGAGGGCAGCUGAGAGUGGAAAUGUGGAGGACUUCAUGCGGCUGUACCUCAGCGAGCCGUCCCGACUUGCAGUGAGGGACGGCAGGGGUCGCACCGCGGCGCACCAGGCUGCUGCCAAGAACAACACUAAUAUACUGCACUUCAUCAAUAACUAUGGUGGAGAUUUGAACGCUAAGGAUAAUUUUGGCAACACCCCACUCCAUGUGGCUGUGGAGAACGUGGCGUUGGAUGCCAUCGAGUUCUUGCUUCAACAUCGAGUAGAUACCAGCAUCUUGAACGAUAAAAGCCAAGGAGCUCUUCAUCUGGCCACUGAAUUGAAUAGAGUUUCGGUCCUUCAAACUUUUACGAAGUAUAAAGACCAAUUCAACGUGGAGCUUGGAGGCGAGCACGGACGUACGGCUCUUCACUUCGCUGCCAUACACGACCACGACAUCUGCGCCAAAAUACUGAUCACAGACUUAGGCGCUGAGUGCAAGAGAGCUUGCAACAACGGGUAUUACCCGAUCCACGAAGCGGCUAAGAACGCUUCGUCAAGAACAAUGGAGGUGUUCCUCCAAUGGGGAGAAUCCAAAGGCUGUACAAGAGAAUCGAUGAUAUCCUUGUACGACAAUGAAGGGAAUGUGCCUCUGCAUUCCGCUGUGCAUGGAGGAGACAUCAAAGCCGUCGAACUUUGCCUCAAAUCUGGAGCAAAGAUUUCAACCCAGCAGUACGAUCUAUCUACACCCGUACAUCUGGCUUGCGCUCAGGGUGCCCUUGAGAUUGUGAAGCUGAUGUUCACAAUGCAGCCGACGGAGAAACUUGCUUGCUUAACGUCCUGCGAUGUUCAGAAGAUGACUCCUGUCCACUGCGCAGCCAUGUUUGACCAUCCGGACAUCGUCAACUACCUUAUUUCUGAGGGUUCUGACAUCAAUCCUCUGGAUAAGGAGCGCAGGUCGCCGUUGCUUCUCGCUGCUUCUAGGGCUGGGUGGAGAACUGUGCAUACUUUGAUCCGUCUGGGUGCUGACAUCGAAUUGAAAGACAUCAACUCCAGAAAUGUUCUCCAUCUUGUCGUGAUGAAUGGAGGCAGGCUUGAAGACUUCGCGGCUACCUGCAAGAACCGCUGUGACAAAAGCCUGGCGCAACUCCUUAAUGAGAAGGACAGUGCUGGAUGCUCUCCCCUCCACUACGCCAGCCGGGAGGGUCACAUCAGGUCUCUGGAGAACCUCAUCAGAUUGGGUGCUUGUAUUAACUUGAAGAAUAAUAAUAAUGAGAGUCCUCUGCAUUUUGCGGCGAGAUACGGGCGCUACCAUACCGCAUGUCAACUCCUCGACUCCGACAAAGGCACGUUCAUCAUCAACGAGAGCGAUGGCGAAGGUCUAACUCCCCUACACAUCGCCUCUCGAGAAGGUCACACCAGAGUUGUGCAUCUUUUACUGAAUCGUGGAGCGUUGCUACAUCGGGAUCAUAAUGGACGCAAUCCCUUGCAUCUGGCUGCGAUGUCUGGGUAUACCCAGACGAUUGAACUGCUGCAUUCGGUUCAUUCACAUCUGCUGGAUCAGUCUGAUAAGGAUGGGAACACACCACUCCAUCUGGCUACCAUGGAGAACAAGCCGAACUCCAUCGCCCUUCUCCUGUCAAUGGGAUGUCGCCUCAGCUACAACAACCUCGACAUGAGUGCUAUCGACUAUGCUAUCUACUACAAGUUCCCUGAAGCGGCUUUAGCUAUGGUCACCCAUGAACACCGUGCUAAAGAGGUGAUGGCGCUUCGUUCCGAUCGUCAUCCUUGCGUCACGCUGGCCCUCAUCGCCUACAUGCCACGGGUCUUCGAAGCUGUUCAGGAUAAGUGCAUCACUAAAGCCAACUGCAAAAAGGAUUCCAAAAGCUUUUACAUAAAGUAUAGCUUCGAUGCCCUGUGUCCACAACUAAAGUUGGAAGAUGGCAAUAACGUUCGUCGGAAAUCGGAGAACGUGCCAAAAUCCCAGAACAUACCUUUACCUGCUCUAAAUAUUAAGUAUUCUUUCAAAUUCUACCAACGGUCAAAGCUUGAGGUCGACGCGUUGAGACUGGCUCUUAAUGAUCCCAAGUAUCGGCCAGAACCGUUGUGUGUGAUCAACGCUAUGGUUGCACACGGCAGAGUAGAGCUAUUAGCCCACCCACUGAGCCAGAAGUACCUACAAAUGAAAUGGCACAGCUAUGGAAAAUACUUUCACUUGGCCAAUCUUCUCUUCUACUGCAUUUUCUUAAUAUUCGUAACGGUAUACACUUAUUUACUGAUGAUGAACGCUGAUGCCUCCUCGCCUUCUAAGAAAUCUGCAAAGCUAUGCACAAACCUAUCGGACUCUGCUAACGUUGACCGCGAGAACAAAAGUGACAAGAAUAUCGUCUUCAAUCCAGAUUUUGAGUCGAAAGUCGCCAUGUAUACAAGUACAGUAGCCAUUUUAGUGUACAACUCUAUAUGUUUGGUCCGUGAAGCAUAUAAUGUGAAGCAACAGAAAUGGCAUUACAUGGUCGACCCAUCAAAUCUGGUAUCCUGGUUGCUGUACAUUAGCUCAACUCUGAUGGUUUUCCCGACGAUCUUUGGAUAUUUUGAUGAAAUUCAGUUCUCGGCUGCAUCAAUUACUGUAUUCUUAUCAUGGUUUGAGCUGCUACUGUUACUCCAACGUUUUGACCAAGUCGGAAUAUAUGUUGUCAUGUUCCUGGAAAUACUUCAGACCCUGAUUAAAGUGUUGAUGGUGUUUUCAAUCCUGAUCAUCGCAUUUGGGCUGGCGUUUUAUAUCCUCCUGUCUAAAGUGGGUCCUGACGAGACGGGACACCACUUGUCAUUUAAUAGCAUACCGAUGUCUUUAAUGAGGACUUUUGCUAUGAUGCUUGGAGAACUGGACUUUGUUGGCACUUACGUACAGCCCUAUUACAAAUCUGAGACGGAUAUACUUCUGCCAUUCCCGAUGCCAACGUUCUUUAUUCUGGGUAUCUUUAUGGUGUUGAUGCCAAUCUUGUUGAUGAAUCUGCUGAUCGGUUUGGCUGUCGGCGACAUUGAGAGUGUGAGGAGGAAUGCUCAGCUGAAACGUUUAGCUAUGCAGGUGGUACUUCAUACUGAGCUCGAGCGCAAACUCCCAGCUAUUCUUCUGGAGAAAGUGGACAAAGACGAAUUGAUUGAGUACCCGAACAACAAGAAAUGCAAGCUCGGCUUCCUUGACCUGAUCCUUCGCAAAUGGUUCUGCAACCCUUUCACUGAUGACACUGGUCUGGACUUGGUGCUGGAGAGCAGCGAGGAUUACAUAACGGCUGAGCUUGAGAAACAGAAGCGCAAACUGCGAGACAUAUCACUGGUGUUGGAGCAACAACAUACACUCGUACGCCUGAUUGUGCAGAAAAUGGAAAUCAAGACAGAAGCCGACGAUGUUGAUGAAGGCGUUUCUCCCGGAGACACCAGAGUGAUCCCACGUUGGAGCUCGCCAAGAAUUCGCAAGAAGCUGCGAACCGCCUCUUCUUUCAACAAAGGUGGCUAAUCACGACGAACCCAAAACUACUUCUGCUAACCUUCGUGUUUUAGAAAUAAUUGCUUCUGUAUGUAUAAGUUCAUUUUUUCUUUCGUCACGUAGAAACACUUUUGUGUCAUCAAAUUCAUCGAGAUGAUUUCACUAGGAUUCAUUUUAGGCAUAGUAUAAUUAUUUCUAAAUUAAAGUAUAUCAAAAGUGAAUUAGCGUCUCGAAUUUAUUGUUGUAGUUUGAAAUCUUUAAAUGUAAGAAUUAAUGUCAGUAGUUUACUUUGUAUCGAUGCAUUUCUUCAGUCUUACUCUUGUGGUAAAUUUCUUUAUGUUCUAAAUUUGUCUGCUUCUUAUUAUAUCUACAGCUAUUUUUCAUCUUAAGAUUAAGUAAUACUUCAUAUUCUAUAUUUAUUUUUGUUUAUGUUUUUUUAUUCUAAUUAUAUUUCAUGAAUGUUUAGGAUGUUUUUAAGAUUUUAUGCUACGUCAUUAUACCUAUCGGUAGCCAUUUUGAAAACUUAGUGCAUAUUCUUCUUGGCCUACUUUUAUACUAAAGACCAGGUGUGAUGGCAUAGGAUAAGUAAUAUUUAAGAAAAGGCACAGAACCUAUUCUAUGUAAUUAAGCAUGAUUAAUAUCAUAAAUGUUAGCUAAGGACUAUCUAGUAACCAUUUUUAGUAUUUACUAAUGAUUCUGGGUUGUAUACCCGAUAGAUUUAAAAACUUACGAAAUAUCCGAAAAAUAGAUUAUUGAUAUAGAAGUUAAUUCAGUAAUAUUAAUUCUUAAAUAUCAGUACAUUUUUAAAAGUAAUUAAUUCCGGUAUCCUUGGUCUCGAAGCCUUGAUUUUCAGGAUAUGCCAAGAGAGUGACCUGAUGCGUCUUGUAGGCUUGGAUAUAUUCCAAAAACGAUGUGCGAAGAAAAGGCAGAAGUUAGAAUUCCUUAGUUAAUAAAGAAACUAGUCUUUUGUACCAAAUAUUACAAUUUAACGAUCAAUUUUAGUAUUUUGUUAGAAAUGAGAAACUGUUUACAUCUCAUUUUUAAUGUAAUCAUAAUAUUUUCUUAAGUAUACAUAGGAGCUGGUUUCCUUUUGGUUAAUUAUUUUAUAAUUUUAUAUAGCAACGUUUAUUUACAAAAAAUAAAAUGUGUGCAAUUAAGAUUCUCUUAACAUUAAAAGACUUUCAAACCUCUUUUACGCUGUGCGGGUGGUGCGAAAUAUAGUCAUUAACAUAACCAAUUUUCUACCAGUUAUUAAUCGUAUAAAGUAAAAUGCUUAGCCAGUGCUUUCAUAGGAGUAUCAGAAAUAGCAAUGCCAUUCAAGCGCUAAACAUAAUAUGAAUGGUUCAGUUUGGUUGCAAACCUUCAUGUUAAAAUAUUGUUGAUCGUUAUCAAACUAUCACUCAGACCACUCGCACAUAACUAAAUGUAAAGAGGAUUGAAGUAAUAUUAAACACUAUAAUUAUUAUAAUAUAAGUCCAAGCUUUACUUGAGAGCAAAGCUCUUAUAUAUUUUAACGCAUUUGACUAAGAGACAAGAAGUUUGCGACUUCUAACGACCAUACAUUGUAUGUACAUUUUUAUCUAUUAUAUAAAUAUUUAUGUAUCAUUUUAUAUACAUUUAUUGGUAGUGUUUGUACGUAAUUUUUAUAAGAACGGAUAGCGGUGUUACCAUCCUAGUUUCUUUCCGUUAGUCAAUUGAUUAAUUCCAUAUUAAAAUCUGUUGAUUUGGGUAGGUAUAAAAAAGUAUAGAUAGGCAAAUAAAUUAAAUUAUAUAGAGACCAAAUCUCAAAGAACUAAGUAAGCUUGCUAUUGCACUAUGCUCCGUAGUGUUGUUUUAUUAAGUUCUUGUGAACAAUUGUAACAAGGAUAAAAAACCCCAUAAACUUGUACAAUGGACAGAAUGAAAUUGAAAAGAAAGAGAAACAAAGACACCGUUUGACUAGUUUCAUUUUUUAGAAUUUAGCAAAUUUAAACAUGAUCGUUGCGCGGUAGCUUUUCCUCUUUCUUGACUUAGUCAAUUUUGAAAAAAAUUAAUGCUCUGUCCAUUCUUUAAUCCCAUGGAUGGCUGUUAUGAGAAAUAGGCAACCCUUUUCUUAGACCAAAAAGUGAGACUAGGUUGGUAGUACCUACAAAGAUGUGUAUUUUUGGACGAACGUGUUUUUGAAACAUGUUAGAUGUUUUGGAUAAUGUUGUUAAGAGCUUGGAAUGCGUAAACGCACGUAGGAAUAAGUUACGAGGCUAGUCCUAUGAGACUUUGACCUCGAGGGUACCGAAAGGUAAGGCAUUUUGUACACAGAAUAAAACCAUUUGCACACCAUGUAACAGACACAAAAAUACGCUAAAACAGAGAACAAUUCCCAAAAUUGACUUCCUAAGUGCAGUGUGCAAAUGGCCUAAGCUCCAAAAAUGAAUAAAAUAUUCCGGCUACCAAAAUAUUAAAUCGUAUAGAUACAUUAUAAAAUUCAAAUAGUAUAAAAAUAUUGGUGUCAUGUCUAAGAAUAUCCGUGUACUUUAUUUCUUAAGAUAAUAUUUUGAGACUCACUUCGUCGUUGCCAUCCAGGCCACAGUCUCAAUCAUGUAACAACAUAUUCGAUGUUAUUUUUUUGGAAAUAAAGUCGUUUUAAAGUAGA